AUGCCUCGUCCUCAAUAUAUAAAGAGCUUGCCGCAAGAGAUAGGAGUUGUAACUUCUGUAUUCUUGGCCCAGUUCCUUACCCAGUCUGGUGUGACUAUGUCAUUAACACCUAUGAAUAUAGUGUUGGAAGCUUUCAACGCAACAGAUAAUGCUUCGGCCUCAGUAUGGUUUAUGGGUGGUUAUUCUCUCACAGUCGGAACUUUUAUCCUCAUCUCCGGAAGACUUGGUGAUCUCUUUGGAUUGAAGAAAAUGUUUCUUUUCGGGUGGGGUUGGGUUGCUACGUGGUCGUUGAUCUGUGGGUUCUCUGCAUAUGUGAAGUCAGAUAAGGCUGUUAUAUUUUUCAUCAUUUGUAGAGCAUUCCAGGGUAUAGGAUUUGCCUUUGCAUUACCUUGUGGUUUGGGAUUGCUAGGAUACAUGUACGAGUCUGGUGAAAGAAAGAACGUCGUGUUUGGUAUUAUAGGAGCCGGGGGACCCACUGGAGCUACAAUGGGAGCCGUCAUGGCAGCUGUUAUUGCACAAUUGGGAUGGUGGCCAUGGUGUUACUGGGCGAUGAGCAUUACAGCUGUCGUUGCUGGAACUAUUGGCUACAUCUCGAUCCCGGUACUUGAUUUGAAAAAACCAAAAGAAAUCAGCGAUGAUUAUCUUGCGGAAGAUGCCAAGUUCAGAAACCUUCGUAUUAUUCUCUCUGAGGUUGAUAUCUUGGGUUCUGUCACUGGGGUUUGUGGACUUGUAUUGUUUAAUUUCUGCUGGAACCAGGGUCCUGUAACUGACUGGACAGCAUAUGUUAUUGUACUUCUUGUUGUUUCCGUCAUGUUAAUAGUACUUUUCUUUUGGCUAGAGUUAAAGUAUGUGAAAAACCCAUUGCUUCACAAGUCGAUUUUCAAGGUGAAGAUUGGUUUAGUUCUUGUCUGCAUAAGUCUUGGUUGGGGAUCAUUUGGAAUCUGGCAGUAUUACUUCUUUAAUAUUUUGCUUAAUUUCAAGCAUUACACACCGAUUAGUGCCAGUAUUACAUUCCUCCCACUUUUCUGUUUGGGGAUAUGUGCUAGUACAUUGUGCAGUAAGAUUAUCUCGAAAACAAGGCCCUCAUAUAUCAUUUGCUUUGCCACGAUUUGCUUUUGUUGCGGAGAUAUAAUGCUUAGUGUGACUCCAAUCGAUCAAUCAUACUUUAGAUUACUUUUUGGGCAGAUGUUCCUUUUAGCAUGGGGAAUGGACUUGAGUUUCCCAGCAGCAUCUAUCAUUUUAUCAGAUUAUUUACCUCCGCACCAUCAGGGUAUGGCAGGCUCACUUGUGUCCACAGUGGUUAACUAUUCGGUAUCACUUUUCUUAGCCAUUGGUUCAUUAGUUGAAUCUGAAGUGAAGAAGAAGACUGAUGAUGAAUUGUAUAGCAUAAGGCAAGCAUUACACUUUGCCAUAGGUAUUUCUGGAUGCGGUGUAAUAUUCCUGGUUGUCUUUGUCUUCUUGCAAAAGAGAGAUAAUGAUUCAGGGACUAAAGUUGGAAACCUGGAGCUGAGUAGCAUUGUUUACUCAGACAAGACGGAAGAGAUUGAAGAAACUCCUGCUGCUGCAUUGGAGACUGGAGCUGCAAACUUAAAUAAUGGGAUGGCGUAA